CUGGCGGUUUUCCGCGAUCGUGACGAACGCAUGGUCACGGGCUCGUAUGACGGGACGCUUCGUCUGUGGGACUUGAAAACAGGUGUAGUGUUGAAGAAGAUGGAGGGGCAUCGCAGUCGGGUGCGGGCGUUGGCUGUUUCACCAGAUGGAGAAUGGAUAGCAAGCGGUGAUGAGAGCGGAGAGCUCAUCAUUUGGCAUGGAAAAACUGGGGAACCAUUCAACCAAGCAAUCAAUAAAGCUCAUGACAGCUGGAUAUUUUCACUUGACUUUUCUUCGGAUUCCAGGAUGCUGGCCAGUGGAUCAUCUGACACUACCACGAAGCUAUGGAGUACAUCAUCAUGGCAGGUGCACCAUACACUUAGUUGUAGUGGAAUUGUCCGCUGCGUUCAGUAUGCGCCGCGGCCGCGCUAUUCGCAAGCACUUCUUGCGAUUGCAACGGACUGCAAUGUUCAAAUUUACCAGAACUACACUUCAGAUAGAUCUAAUAGCGGUUACCACAGGUGGAAUCGCACACAACUACCAUCACAGCUACCACCAUCACCACCACCACCACCACCACCACCUCCUCCAUUCCCCACUCAGUUGCUGCAGACGAUCUGGGGAGAAUUCAACUACUCACUCGCGUGGACGCCAGAUGGCACACAGCUUCUUUUGGGGGGCAACGGGGUUGAUCCCACCAUACGAGCGUGGGAUACGUUGACCUGGCAGCAGGUCGAUGGUCCCUGGAUGGGCCAUUUCAAGACUAUCCAUGCCAUUUCUCUGAACUCUAGCGGCACUUUCCUCGCCUCUGCAUCUCAUGACAAUUGUGUCCGCCUCUGGCGACUCUCAGAUCGACGAAACAUUGCCAUAUUCAAACACUCUGGGGAGCUGAACUGUGUAACGUUCUCUGCGGGUGACAAACACACAUCCUCAGUGGAGGUGCGGAUAAAAAGAUCUCGGAGUGGCCAAUAUCCGAGAAUGCUUUGUCAGAGGAUGGUCCAACUGAUGGCCUCAUGAAGGAGCAAGCGACGCGCCAGGUUCAAGCCUACUGUGAUUUCAAGGCAUGUUCCCACCUUUGGCUCUUAUAACGCAGCGUGAACAUGAUUUACGCAGGUCCUCGCUAUGAACUCGGCA